CUAUUAGUUUUGACUUUCAAGGUCUUAACUAUAAUUGAAGUUUAAAAGUUCUUCGAAAGCAGCCUGGAGGAAACAAGCUGACAACCGAAUAGGAUACCGCAAAUAACUGCAGUAACCUCUAAGUAUUAAAUGCUUCUCCGUAAUUCAACUUUUAACUUUUUGCUUAACCCUAUCAAAGUUCACAAACAAUUAUUUGCGCUCGCCGUUCAACAAAACAAAUUGUUUAAUUUAAAAUUCUCAACAACUUGCUGUGAAAUGGCCCAAAAAACCGCUUUAUUCAUUGUAGCAGAAGGUAGUGAAGAACUUGAAUUAGUCGCACCCGUUGACAUCCUUCGCCGUGCUAAUGUGGCUGUUACAAUUGCUGAUGUAGCUGAUUCUGAAUAUGUGAAGACUAAAUCAAAUCUACUGAUUAAAACUGAUGCUAAAUUGGGAGAUGUAAAAAAUAAAAUAUUUGAUGCUGUUGUUAUACCCGGUGGUCCAUCAUAUAAGACAUUAGCUUCUGCUGAUGUAGUUGGACAAAUUUUACUUGCACAUGAAAAAUCUGAUAAAGUCAUUUCUGCUAUUUGUGCUGCUCCAUUUGUGUUAUUCAAACACGGAAUUGCUAAAGGAAAAUCAUUGACAUCUUAUCCAACUGUUAAGAGUGAAAUAGAGGGUUCUUACCAAUACAAAGAAGAGAGUACAGUAGUUGAUGGAAAUUUGGUUACCAGUCGUGGACCUGCUACAGCUGUUGAAUUUGGAUUAACUCUAGUAGAAGUAUUACUUGGUAAUGAAGAAAAAGUCAAAGUUGCUAAAGGCAUUCUUUAUCCUCUUUGAAAUAUGAUUAUUUUUUUUCUAAUAUCUGUAUAAAGAGAAAAAAUAAAAUUGAACAGUUUUUAUAAAACAGAAAGCUAUACACUAAUCACGUUUUAUCUUAACGAAAUAUUUGAUACUGUAUUAAUAAUAUGUCAACAUACUACCAUAGUAUUAUUUAUUAUAAAAAUUUUGAUUGAA